UUACUGUUUCCUUUACACACACUUUGAAAUCGCAGUGUACUUAUAAGAUUAUCCUUAUCUCUCUGUUAAAAUAGAAAAAACUUUAAUCAAACAUUUUGGGAGGGGUAACGUGGACAAUAAUAAUACGGGACGGAGGGAGUAGUAACUGACGCGGUCCACUGGUGGUCAAAUUAUAUAUUGCUAAGGGAAGAAUUAAGUAAUAAGCGUGUGGUUAUGUUGAUGAGUUUGUAAGUAUGAAGGUGGAAGGGGAUGCGAUGGUCAACGUUGGGGUGGCAGUUAAGAGCAUCGAAGGGAAGGGCAGUCAACGAGCCGUACGGUGGGGUAUAGACAAGUUGUUGCCCAAAGCGAAUCGCUUUUACCUCAUUCAUGUCAUGCCUACUCUCACCUCUAUUCCGACUCCCUCAGGAGAGAGUAUUCCAGUUGACGAGCUUGAUGACAAUGUGGUGGAAAUGUAUAUAGAGGAUAUGAGGGCUAAAUGUAAAGAUAUAUUUAUCCCAUUUAAGAAUCUAUGCAAAAGAAAAAAUGUUGAAACUGUGGUGCUGGAAGGGGAUAAUCCUGCAACAGUGCUUCUAAAAUAUGUAGCUCAGGUCGGGAUUAAUAGUCUAGUGUUGGGCUCUUCCUCUCCCAGUUACUUUGGCAGGAAGCAGAAGGAUGGAGGUGUACCAUCAGCUAUCCUCAAGCAUGCUCCUGAGUCUUUUGAUGUUUAUGUGGUGUCGCCGAAUGGACUUGUUAAUUCCUCGAAUCCCUUAUUAUCUACUGAGACUGAACGUCAUACUAUCAAUCAAAAAGAAUCCAGUGCGUCUUGUGCCUCCAUGGAAUUUCAUAGCAGAGCAUCAUCACUUGCAGACAUUACUCAUCUCAAUUCUCCAGCAUGUUUACAUGGGAACACUUCUAAUCAUAUGAGUUCUCAGAAAAAAUGCACUCAAAAUCUAGAAGAGUCGACAACAGUUCUGGAGGCAGUCAAGAGCAGCCACUCUUCCACUUACUCAGAACAGUCAGACAUUCAGGUUGAAAUGGGAAGAUUGCGCUUAGAGUUGCAAAAUACCAUAACAUUGUACAACCAAACAUGUGAACAACUGAUCCAUGCCCAAAACAAGGUCCUAUUACUUUCUUCUGAAUGCCUUGAAGAAACUAGAAGAGUGAAUGCAGCCAAGGAAAGAGAAGAAAGCCUAAGGAAAACAGCUGCUGAUGUGAAGAAAAAGCAUGUAAAAGCUGAGAAGGAGCUCGAGAUAGCACGAAAGUUGCUCGCCAAAGAAGCUUGUGAGAGGCAGAUAGCAGAGUUGAAGGCUCUACAGCAAUCCUUAGAAAAACAAAAAGUUGUCGAUGCACUACUAUCAUGUGAUGACAGGUAUAGGAGACUGACUAGAGAAGAGAUUGAGGUGGCUACUGAUUCUUUUUCUGAGUCUAAGAUGAUUGGUGAAGGAGGCUAUGGAAAAGUUUACAACGGCAACCUUGAUCAUACCCCUGUUGCCAUUAAAGUUCUUCAUCCAGACGCAUCAAAAAAGAAAGAGGAGUUUCUAAGAGAGGUUGAGGUUCUUAGCCAGUUGCAUCACCCACACAUUGUUUUACUGCUCGGAGCCUCUCCAGAAAAUGGCUGCCUUGUUUAUGAGUAUAUGGAAAAUGGAAGCCUGGAAGAUUACAUUUUCCAAGGAAAAAACAGACCUCUUCCCUGGUUUGUUCGAUUCCGGAUACUUUUUGAAGUGGCAUGCGCUCUUGCAUUCUUGCACAACUCAAAGCCUGAGCCUAUCAUUCAUCGAGAUCUAAAGCCAGGAAACAUAUUGUUGGACAAAAAUUACGUGAGUAAAAUUGGAGACGUGGGUUUAGCGAAAAUUAUGUCAGAUAUUGUUCCAGAAAGUAUUACCGAGUAUAGAAACUCCAUUGUUGCUGGGACCCUUGCUUACAUGGAUCCAGAGUAUCUAAGAACUGGCACUCUGAGACCUAAGUCUGAUCUGUAUGCUUUUGGAAUAAUAACACUUCAACUAUUGGCUGUUUGUCAUCCUAAUGGCCUUAUCAUGAAAUUUGAGAAAGCUAUAGACACUAAUUCGCUUGCGGAUGUACUUGAUAAGUCAGUUGUAGACUGGCCAUUGAUUGAAGCAGAGGAGCUAGCUAAGAUGGCACUACAAUGCUGUAAGCUUAGAUGCAGAGAUAGACCAGAUCUUGAGACUGAAGUUCUUCCACUUCUGAAAAAACUUUUCGAAUUUGCAGAGAUGCAUGUCAGGGUAGAGGGAAACCUUAAGGCACCUAGCCAGUACUUCUGUCCAAUACUUCAGGAAGUAAUGGAAGACCCACAUAUAGCAGCUGAUGGCUUUACGUAUGAGCACGGAGCAAUAAAGGCAUGGGUUGACAGACAUAACGUGUCACCUGUUACGAAACAGAGACUGCAGCACAAGAUGCUUACCCCAAACCGCACGUUACGCCUUGCCAUACAAGAUUGGAGGUCACGUUAAAAUCGGGGCCUGAAUUCAAAACAGGGUAAUUUGUGCAUAAUAUCAUAGCCAAAAUAAGGUCUGGAGAAGCAAUAAAAGGAAAGAUUGGAAGGAAAACUACCCGGACAUAUUUUAGAUUUUGUUGGAAGGGUGUCUCAAGAACAAAAAAUAGGUGUCACUCCUCAUUGACAUUACUUAAACUUUUGAUAGUAGAGAACCCAAAAAAAAUGUAAAUAUCGUGCUUCAUAAUUCUGAGGAUGAAGAAACAAAUAACAUGUAUAUCAUUGCUCAAUCGUACGAGUAUGCCAAUGGAGUCUGAACUGUA